UUUUUAACUAUUGAAUUCGUUUAAAAUUAUAGGCAUUUGCUGCAUAUGUACAUUUUGUGAUUUCAAUUCCGUCUAAUGAAUAAUUACUAUCAUAGCUAAAUCGCGAACUUAGUGGAAUCAAGUUAAUAUUAGUACAGUGAUAAUAUUUGUUGAAAUAAUUGCCUUGUUUUCUUCAUAUACUUAUUUCAAACAACAAAUGAUAAAUUUAUUGAAACAGAGCGUAAAUGUUUGUUGUUCUCUAAUUGGUUUCAGCGUAAAAACUUCUUAUUGGAAAAAAAUUAAUGUUUCUUUUGUACGUUCCUGGUUUGAUAAUGUAGGUUCACAUUUUAAAUGUUUGCAGUUACAUUGUGAUUUUAAAUGUUUACAACAUUAAGUUUAUAACAUAUAGAAUACAUUCUAUUUACUUAAACUAGGUAGUAGUAUAUUAGUCUGCAUCUUCUAAAAUGUCUAAGUAAUUAUAAACGAAUGUGAAUAUUUCUCAGUUUGUCUUUUUUCACAAGCAUUUGUAAAGAGGUGUUAUAGAAUUAAAUCAUUAGAAGAUGUUCACAGAAGAAAGUUAUAUAUUGGGAGAUCGGAAUAUCACAGAAAUCGAGUUAAAUGAAAGCAAUAUCACAAAAACUCCAGUGAAAAACUUUGCAAAAGAGAAUCAAACAGGAAUGAAUAAGAAAUCUGAUACUUGGUUCCUGCGAUUUACAGUUUUUAUCGGAAUGCUCACUUGGUUUGUUGGUGGAGCGAAAAUAGUAUGGACGUCACCAUCUUUAAUCAAAUUGAAAUCAUCGGAUUUGGAAAUCAAUCCUCUAGGCAGACCUAUAACAAAUUCAGAAAUUUCCUUGUUAUUCGGAAUACCAGGCAUGGUGUCAUUACCAGGCUCGAUUAUUUUUCCUAAAUUAGCAGAUAUACUAGGAAGAAAAAAAUGUAUUCAAGUUAUAGGUUUUAUGAAAUUAAUAAGUCUCUUAGGACUCGCUUUUAGCAAUAAUAUAGAAUUAAUUAUUUUAUUCUCAACACUAUUUUCUAUAUCUUUCAUUGGAACAUUGGGAGUUCUUCCAAUGUAUAUCACAGAAAUAUGCGAAGAUCAUAACAGAGCUAAAUAUGGUUGUAUAUUAUCUCUCUGUAUUCCUCUUGGGCAAUUGUAUGCUUAUGUACUGGGCCCAUUAUUCCUCAUACGAGAUUACACGUUAGUCAUAGCUGCACCUUUACUGCCAUUCAUAUUCUUAUUCUUUUCUGUACCAGAGAGUCCUGUUUAUUUGUUGAACAAAGGAAGUCAUGAAAAAUGUAAACUAGCUCUUAAGAAAUUGCGAAGCAAUAAAACUGAUAGUGAAUUGGAAGUUGAUUAUCUUAACAUGAGUCAGAGCUUAGCUCCAACAGGAGAAAGUAAGUUUAAGGUUUUGAAAGUGUUCACCAAAAAAGAAGGUAGAUGUGGUUUAUUAUUAAGUUUGCUCGCAAUGGUUGUACAAUCAUUUGGCGGCGGGGGAACUUUGUUGCCAUUGUUGGCUCCUAUUUAUGAAAAUGCAGAUUCAAAGCUAUCCGGAGAUACUAUUGCUAUUAUAGUUGAAACUGUUGGUAUCGCUAGUCUUAUACUAACUGUUUUUAUCAUCGAAAGGGUCGGAAGGAGACCUCUUUUGAUCAUAUCAGCAGUGGGGUCUGGAGUACCUUUAAUAUUUAUAGGAUUAUUUUUUUAUUUCCAGCAAAUUGGCUCAUAUUUAGCUCAACAGUUUCAUUGGGUGCCUCUAACAAGCAUUUUAAUAUAUUUCUUCAUGUUUUGUCUAGGGCUCGCCUCCAUUCCUUUCACAAUGGUAAGCUUAUUUUUCACUAUCGAGUUGAGAUCAACGGGUACUGCAAUUGUAAUGACACUUAGUUGUUUGUUAUUGACUGUUUUCCAAUCAGCGUUUCCCAUUCUUAAUGAAACUGUUGGAACUCAUUGGUGCAUGUGGAUUUUUUCUAUUCUAAGCUUUGUUGGUGCGAUUCUGAUGUAUUUUUUUCUACCCGAAACAACGGGAAAAAGUGUUGAGGAAAUUCAAAAAAUUUUAUUGGAAUGUUAGGAUUAUUGAUCUGUUGUGAAUACAUUAUUAUUUUAAACAAUAUAAACAACCUGUUUUAUA